UGUCAGUAAGAACUGAUACAAACUGUAAAUAGACGUUACUAAACGUGAGUGCAUGAAAAAAAACAGUUUCUAUUUAAAGUGGUGCUUGUAUAAUAGAAAUGUUUUUAAAAAGUUAAAGUUCAAAGAUCAUGUAAUGAAAUCUGAAUACGUUUUCAUAAAGUAAUAGUUGCUUUGUAGGAGAGAACGUUGCACUGUCGUUAUUGAAAACAAAUAUCGAAAAGAUUAUAAACAAAUAUAUAAAAAGAAUGUGUGAUCUUAUAGAUUUAAAGAGUCCUGAUAAAAAGGGCUUGCUAAACUCAAGACUUGCGUCACCUUUAAUACCAGUUCCUACAGAUUCCGCAGGCGAUAACUGUAAUAAUCGUAUCAAUGAUUCAAUUCCUGUAAUAACGAGUAAACGCGAUAGUUUAGAAAAUAACCCUUUUGACAUGGUAUUACAUAAAACUACAGAAUACAUCCAAAAAAGAGAUGAUCCCUUUGAGGUGACUUUAGAAAAAGCACUGAGACUAAAAUGUAAAAAAAUCAAUGAAUUAAGAACACAUUCUUUUGAUUUUACAAAUGACUAUAAUGUCAAAGAAAAGAAUCAUGUGCAAAAGUUAAAAAUGAAUAAAACGUUAGAUGAAUUCUUAAUUAACGAAGAAUUAAAUCAGAAAACUGCCACUAGUAAUAAAAUAUCCAAUGAAAAUGUGAUGCUUGAUUCAAAUAAUGUGGGAGCUGAUGAUGUUAUACCUACCAUUAAUGUUGAAGAAGUUGAUUUAUCCAUUUUAAAUCAAUCUCUGAUGAAUGACACAUUAUUUGAAACAGAUAAAGAAUUAAAUAAGAAUGAAAUAGCACCUUUGCAUAAUAAGAUAUCAAUGCAAGCAGAAAAGGAUAAAUUUAACAUAGGACAAACUAUACCUUCUAAUCUACUUUUGAAAUUUCCAAGACUUCAACGUUCUCUUUCUCAAGGAGGAAAUGAAUCUUCUAAAAAAUCACAACUUUUUAAACAUUUAUCAUUGGUAGAAGCUUUAAGAACUAGUUCAGAAAAUGGAAGUAACAUAUCUGAUCGAAAUUCAUUAGACUUCUUGAAUGAAGGUUUUUUAAAACAUUAUUACAGUGGAAGCUCUUUGUUUUCCAGCUUAUCAAAUGUAUCUUCUAUAGCUAAAUUAAACUUUGGUUCUUCUUCAACUAGUUUGUCAAUUUUGUCACCGAAUGAUACUAAUAAUCGGGCAUUCUUAGAAAGUUGUUCAUCUGAAAAAUCAGAAAACUCAAGAUCAAUUGAAAACACAGACCUUAACAAAGAAAUAACAUCUGUAACAAGUGUACCAACUAAAUGCACAAUGUCAGGAUUAAUAGAUCAAUUUGACAGACUCAAAGCAAAGCUAUCAGAACUUCCUGAAAGUCUGGUAGAACAGAAAAAUGAAAAAUGCUGCUCAGAAAAUAAAUUAAUAGAUGUUGAUGUAUUUGCUCCAAAAGUUAAUUCCAGUAAGGAAUGCUACAGAAGUUCUGUUUCAGAUACAUCCUCAGAUUCUGUAUUUCUUGAUGGAAGUAAAGUUAAUAAAUCAAUAUUUCACGAAGCAAAACUUCUUGCAAAAACUUUUGAAGAAUUAGCUAUGAAAACAAGCUCAGGAUCAAGCACUGAUGACCUCUUCAGUAGUAAUCCAUUGUGGACAUCAGAAUUAUUACCAGCCUUUGAUGAUGAAGAUAUGGUAGAUAAUUUAAUUGAAUUACCCACAUCUCCUAAUGCAAAUCAUGCAGAAUCAAAAGACAUAAAAGUCAAAGAAUGUACAAAUACUGAGAUAUGCGCAGAAAAAGAUGCAGAAGUUGUCAUUAAUAAGAUGACAGAUAAUUUAAAGGAACUAGAACUGGAACUUAUUGAAUCUGUACAUAAAGAGAAACAUAUUACAGCUGCAACACUUUUAUCGGAACUCAAGAAACUUAUCAAAACUGAAAAUAAUCUAGAAGCAAAUAAAUUAGUAGAAAAUUUGGAAAAGGUUUUAGGUAUUGAUUUUGAGAACAAUACCGAAUUAUUAACCGCCUAUCUUAAUACGACUAAUAACUUAGCAAAAAGUCCCCAGAAAUCGGACAGUAGUUUAAAGGUAAUACAAAACAUAGAAAAAAAUAAUAUGGAACAUAGUCAAGAAGAUAAUUUAUCCAAUGAUUCAGAUAAUGUCAAAGAAUCACCUGUUUAUAAAAAUAUAAAUAUCGAUGAUUCAAAUAUAAAUAAAUGUAUUACUAAUCAAAAGUGUUUAGACAAAAUAAAUAGUGAUUCUCUAAAAAUUAAUACCGAAGAAACAAACAAAAAUAGAAAUGAAAAAGAACUCAAUAUUGAAAUUGAAUGCAAGGAAGAUUCUUCAAAAAAAGAAAGUAACAAUUUAUUAAAUGAGAAAGUGGUGAUAGAACUUCUUACAAACAUAGGAAAAUUAUUAACUGGUCAGACAGAAACGCAACCAACUUCGGAUAUACUUAAAAAUUUAGGGAAAGUAUUCAAUGUUGCCGCCAAUGAUGAUAAUAUGAAGAUUCAACAAACUCCUAAAAAAUCAAAAUUAAAAUUUGAGGAUAAGACCCAUUCUUUAAUUUCAUCAACAUCACAUAGACAAAGUUUGAAUUUAGAGUCAAAAAAACAGUCACUUCAUAAAAAUUUCAUUAGGCGAAGUAUAUCUGUAUCUCAUACAUCAGCGACUAAAGAUCCAGUUCCUAUAACAUCCAGUAAUAACAGCAAAUGUCAAUUAAAAGAAGUAACAAAACGUUUUCCUAGCGAUCCUGGCUUCGUUAGUCCAACAUCAAACAAAAAAGUCGUUACAAAAAACAAUAGAGAUGGAUUAAAAAAAGAUGCACAAACAAAAUCAUUAGCAACGUUAGAUUUACAAAAAGAAACAACCGCAACGAUAAAUACGGUUAAGAAUAAACUCAAAAAGAAAAUUGAUACAGAAGUUACAAAUAAGAAAGGCCCAAUGAAGGCCAUGCUUCCCAUAGGAACCAUGCAAAAGAAAAAAACCGGUAAUAGUAAAGUAACAUCAUCGCAUGGAACUGUAACACCCCCUAAAUCUCAUAAAAUAAUUAGUAGUACACCUAUUUCGCCACGUAAUGAUUGUGCGAUGAAAAGAUCGUCGCGAUCUUCGAAACCGGUUGCUUCAUCAACUCCAGACGCUCAUAAUUCGAAAUCCCGAAAAGUCCAAUCGCCGCAAGUAGCUAAAAAGCGGAACUUCUCUUGUGAUAUAUCACCAGUAUCUAUCCGUACAGGUGUUGAUAAUAAAAUAAACAGUAGCCCAAAACGUAAAUUAUCAUCUCCAAAGAAAACACCUAAACGUCGAUCGGUAGGUUCUGGUAUUCCAAAAUCUCAGACUCCUCCUCUGACUAAGAAAUUGAAUUCUUCUUUCGACGUUAAUCGAUACUCCAAGUUGUAUGAAUCCCCACAACGUUCGUCAUACAAAACAUCAAAUUCACAAAAUAGUUCACCAGUUUCUGUAAAGAAAAAUGAAAGUGUGCAACAAAGUCCUUUAAGGGAUAAUAAUAAACUUAUUUAUAAAGCGAAACCGAUGAAAUUGAUCUCAAAACUUCAACGACACAGUGUUGAUACCAAUAUAGCAGAAAAAGAAAACAAUUAUAUUUAAUUUAUAAAAAAAGGCUACUUUAGUGAUGGUGGUUGUGAAAAACAUGUAAGAUCAUAACAUAUUUUUUAUUUUUAUAUUUUAACAUUCCACAUUUUUUUAUACUUAUGUAUUUUCUAAUAAAAAUGUUU